AUUAUACAUGUAUAGUAUGUGACGAAUUCCGGCGUAGUCACAUCCUUUGUGGAAGUCAGUCUGAAGUAUAGAAUACCUCGGCAUCCAUGUGUACACAAUGUUUUCAAGGAAGUGGCGACUUCUUUUCAUUAAGGGAUUUCAAAGACACCAUGGGUAUUAUUAUGUUGCUCUGUAGUCUUCUCGCAUUCGCUUCGAUAUCUUGGACAUCUGUCCUGGUGGAGCCAGGAGAGGAUUACAGCAGUAGUGAGUUCACUUUACAAGGAGCACAAGAAAGUUUAUUGGAGGAACAAGAGAAUUUCCCGGAAGUAGAAACUUUGAAUGGGAGGAUUCACGGAAUUCGGGAGAAUGUUGAAGGAACGCAAGUGCAUGCUUUCCUUGGAAUCCCAUUUGCAGCACCUCCAAUUGGCGAUCUUCGCUUCAAACGACCGGUGGAGGCUUCAAGUUGGACGGAAACUCUCCAUGUUAAAUCUAUUUCCGCUUCUUGCCCUCAAAUACCCUUCAAUGUCUUUCCUGGAAAUCCGGGAGAGGCGAUGUGGAACCCCAAGUCAGACAUCAAUGAGGAUUGUUUGUAUCUAAAUAUCUGGAUGCCGUCUUCCGCGGAAACUCCCGGGACAGACACGCUAGCCACAAUGAUUUGGAUCUAUGGCGGUGGAUUUCAUUCAGGCUCCACCUCAUUAGAUGUCUAUAACGGUAAAUUCUUGGCAGCUAAACAGAACGUCAUCGUGGUUUCUAUGAACUAUAGGAUGGGGCCUUUAGGAUUUCUAUAUCUCGGUGAAGAUGACGCUCCUGGGAAUGUGGGACUUUUGGAUCAAAAUCUCGCAAUCAAAUGGGUUUACGAUAACAUUGAAAGGUUUGGCGGGGAUCGACAAAGGAUCACUUUAUUUGGAGAAAGUGCUGGUGCCGGUAGUGUUCAUUAUCACACAUUAUCACAGAAAAGUUUGGGAUAUUUUUCUUCCGCCAUUAUGCAAAGUGGCUCAGCUUUAGCACCGUGGGCUUAUGUUACUCCGGAUGAAGCGAAUUCCACGGCUAGGACUUUUGCCAAAUUAGUGAAUUGUGAUGGAGAUAAUGUGACACAGAUUGUAGCUUGUUUACGCAGUAAAAAAACCGAAGAGCUUGUUGAAUCUCAGUACAGUCUGCCGAUCAAUCCGGCCCUCCUCGGCUUAGCGUUUAUGCCCACACUUGACGGCGUCUUUUUGCCUGCACCCCCAUCAACACUACUUCAACAGAGUAAUGGCAAAAUGCCGAUGAUGAUGGGUGUCAAUAAAAACGAACUUUCCUACUUUCUGAACUACGGUCUUAGUGGAGACAGUAAUCUCCACGCGGAAAGUCUUAAUAAUGACCAGUUCGUCAGUCUAUUGCCAGGCGCUGUAGACACUAACAUGGACAAUCUAACUCGGGAAUCAAUCGUCCAUCAGUAUGACGUUAACUACCGGUCCAGAAAGACUCCAUAUGUCAACAUCCUGGAUGACAUAGGAGGAGAUUAUAGUUUCAAAUGCCCCACGUUGGACGCAGCCGUGGCGGUAUCACACCACGAGAUCGACUUGGCCCCUUUACCUGGAGUAUACGUGUACUCAUUCGAACACCGAACCUCGUCCAAUCCGUGGCCGCGAUGGGCUGGCGUGUUACACGGGGACGAAAUUGAAUACGUGUUUGGAAUGCCACUAAAACAGUGCAGUAACUACACAGCUGACGAGGUCGUCCUCUCUGAACGCAUGAUGGAGUACUGGGCAACCUUUGCAAAAACAGGGAAUCCUAACCCGGUGAACCCAGAACUGGACAUGGCUGCCUCAGAGUGGCCGGAGUAUCGUCCAGGAGAGGAGAGAUAUAUUGUUUUAGACUGUGGUCACUUCAUCAAGACGGGAUCCCACCUCCGACGUCACGAGUGUAGAUUCUGGAGACACAUGUACCCAUGUCUACAGCGCAAAGAUCAGCAAUGUGACAACAAAUGAAGAUGAGACAUGUUUUGGACUUUGAAGAAACUCGAAACAGCUAUUCCUAAGAAGCAGUUCAUCUUGUAAAGGGAGUUAACCGUGGAACGCAGUAAUCACAAACUCUGGAAAACUCAACGAAUUUCACAUUUGCUGCUUAAGAUGGAUUUAGUUACGUCAUUGUAAUUAUCAUAAAAACAGCCUCGAAGAUCAGGGAUCUAAGAAAUUCUACUUGAAACUAUAUUCUGUUUAGAUAAUCAUUUUGUAUAUAUAAACAACGUCAAAAUACAUUUCAUUUAUAGACAUAUAACAGUAGUGUAACGUGAUGCCGUCAUAAGAACCAAACAUAAAGGUGAUGUUUGCGAUACAGAAACUGAUUAAAUAAAACAUUUAUAAUAAAAGUAGAACUUAAUUGAUUUUAUCUACAAUGUACGUGGUUAUUUCUUUGACAAGAAUUGUUUUAAAUCCCUUAUAUACAGAAUCGAAUCACAGGUCCUAGCCUCGUCUGUCAAUACAUCCAAUAUCUAUUAUAUAUUGGAUGUAUUGACAGACGGAGGCUAGGACCUGUGGUCGAAUUACAAUUUGUAAAACGGCGACUCGAUACCAUUUUUUUUUCCGAUAUCAAAAAAAAAGUUCUUGAUAUGAAAAAAAAUUGAAUUGUUUAUUAUAAAAUAAUAAAAUUGUAAUACAGUG